AUGGACUCCCCCAUUGUGGCCCAGCUCUUCCGGCAGCUGUUCCGCAAUCGUCCAGCAGGAUGUCAAGCACGGCUGCAUCAAUUGCGCAAUGGACUCCCUGCCGUAGCCACCGGCGGGUACAGGUACAGAUACCAGCAGUCAAGUCCGUAUGCCACACGAGCCUCCCGAGACCGCGGCAUGAAGUCAAAUGAAAGCCGGUGGCAGCAAAGAACAAACCUCCUCCCUGAAGACCGAAGAGAGGAAUUCGCCGAGUAUCCGUACAUUUCCAUGUCGGAGCUCAAGAGGCGCAAGGAACGGCCACGAAAAGUGAAGAUGCUCCUCCGUGACUUUAUCGACGACAGCUUAUACAACCCAUCAUACGGCUACUUCUCCAAACAAGCCGUCAUCUUCUCCCCCGGCGAGCCCUUUGACUUCACCACCCUCCGCGACGAUCUGGCCUUCCAAUCCGAACUCGGCCGCCGCUACACCACCUUCGAAGACAACCUCGACGACACCGAAGGCGAGAACCCAACCCGCCAGCUAUGGCACACGCCCACAGAGCUCUUCCGCCCCUACUACGGCGAAGCCAUUGCGCGGUACCUCGUCACCAACUACCGCCUCACGACCUACCCCUACGACGACCUCCUCAUCUACGAAAUGGGCGCCGGCAGAGGCACCCUCAUGCUCAACAUCCUCGACUACAUCCGCGAAGUAGACCCCCAGGUCUACGCCCGCACGCGCUUCAACAUCAUCGAAAUCUCCAGCAACCUCGCCUCCCUGCAGAACAAGCACCUCCUCUCGACCGCCGAAUCCCGCGGCCACAAGGACAAGGUCGAAAUCAUAAACCGCUCCAUCUUCGAAUGGGACCAGUACGUCCCCUCGCCGUGCUUCUUCCUCGCCAUGGAAGUCUUUGACAACUUCUCCCACGACUGCAUCCGCUACGACGUCGCUACGGAGGAGCCUCUCCAGGGCCACGUGCUCAUCGACGGCGACGGCGACUUUUACGAAUUCUACGUGCACGACCUGGAUCCCGUGGCCGCGCGCUUCUUCCGCGUGCGGCACGCAGCCACCAGCGGCAACUAUCCGCGUCCGUAUCCUACGAAUCCCGCGCUGCGGUGGCUGUCCACCAAGAUGCCCUUUGCGGCGAACCUCUCCGAGGCGGAGUACAUCCCCACGCGGCUGAUGCAGUUUUUCGACGUGCUGGAAAAGUACUUUCCUGCGCAUAAGCUGCUGACUUCGGACUUUGACUGGCUGCCCCAGGCGGUGAAGGGGUUGAACGCGCCUGUUGUGCAGACGAGAUAUCACCGACGCAUGGUGCCCGUUACGACACCCCUGGUCCACCAAGGGUAUUUUGACAUCUUAUUCCCGACAGACUUCCGCAUCACAGAGGCCAUGUACCGCGCCAUCACGGGCAAACUCACCCGUGUCAUGACACACGGGGACUUUAUGCGUCGUUGGGCAUACGUAGAGGACACGGAGACGAGGAGUGGCGAGAAUCCGCUGUUGACGUAUUACAAGAAUGCUAGUGUUCUUGUUACGGUGUAA